AUGUUCAAUCUAUUCUCCCGGGCCCCCACGUAUGAUCCGCAGCGUGACAUACCUGAUCAGACUGGCAAGGUCUUCCUCAUCACCGGCGCAAAUGCAGGUCUAGGCUACCAGAUAACGAAGCAGCUCGCCGCAAAGGGGGCUACUAUAUACCUUGCAUGUCGCUCAGAAGAGCGGGCCUUGGCUGCAAUCAAUCAGCUUGAAGAUGAGGUGGACGAUGUUCAAGGGAAGAAUAGGUUACAGUUCUUGCAAGUCGACAUGAGCAGCAUGCGCUCGGUGAAACGUGCGGCGGACGAGUUCUUGAAACGCGAAUCGCGUCUUGAUGUACUCCUACACAACGCUGGCCGCCUGAUAGAUGCAUACGAGCUCUCAGAAGACGGGAUUGAGCUGUGCGUUGCCGUGAACCACCUGGGCGUACAUGUACUUACCCAAUCGUUGCUCCCUCUACUGAAAAAGACCGCCGCUUUUUCUGACUGCGAUGUACGAGUCCUCGUGACUUCAUCCAGCGGGCACGCACAAGCUCCAAGGAACGCGAAAAUGGACAGCAUUGAGGCAUGGAAUGACCAUAGCGGAAUUAAAGGCGACCAUUUCAUAGCUCGAGCGCAAAGAUACGGUAACUCGAAGCUUAUGAACAUCAUGUGGGCCAUGCAUCUCCAGAAGUUAUGUGAUGAGGAGAAGGUCCCGAUAACGGUUCUCGCACUUGACCCCGGAAUGAUAUUGACAGGUGGUGCUAUCUCGACAUCCCCGUGGUAUAUUUACUGGCUUAUCAGGCUUUUUGGCGUUAACGAGGAAGAGGGCGCAUAUACCUCGCUCUUUUGUGCGACAAGUGCUACAGUCAGGGAGAAGCGCGAGACAUACAAGGGAAAGUACGUCAAACCGGUUGGGGUUCUUGCUGUCCCAUAUCAUAGAGAUGCACGCGACGAGAACAAAGCCAGGAUUCUUUGGGAUGCUUCGGUGAGGAUUGCGGAUGAGUUGUUAAGUCGCCAUGUUGCGACCACAUGA